AACACUCAGAAUAAUGUUAUCAGGAUUGAUAUCUUCAUGGCUCGUCGUUAGUUGUACAUUCCCGUUUGACUUCUCUCCAUAGACCACAACUUGUUCAGGUUCCCUUAUAAGAUAGAGGCAACUCCCACUGAAGCACAAGAUGAAGAACUAGAGAGCCCAGCAAGGAUGACUGACUUUAAUUUCGAAAAGCAAAACCUGUCACAAAAGGUUGUACAAUCGGACUCAAGUCUUGAUAUUGAGACUGGAAGAGUGUCACCACAGAAUGAAUAUGUCGAAGUUGAAGGUAAUGACCCUGUUCUCGCUGAAAAGAUCCAUCUCAUCAAUGAUGCUAUUGAUGAAAUUGGAUUUACAUGGUACCAUGCAAAGUUAUUUUGUAUUGCGGGCUGUGGUUACUCCAUAGAUUCGCAAAUGGAAAUGGUUCAAGUAACUGUUAGAGUCUAUGUCGACUACCAAAUGCUAGGUUCUGGCUUCCCAAUAUCGACUGAGAUCUUCUAUGCAGGGCUCAUUGCAGGGUCUAUUGUGUUUGGUAUGGGAUGUGACCUCAUUGGUAGAAAAUUGGUGUUCAAUUCCUCCAUUUUACUCACUUCAAUUUUUGGAUUUUUCACUGGAGGUACAGACAACUACCCAAUGUACUGCAUCUUUAUGUUUCUAUCGUCGAUGGCUGCGGGAGGUAACUUGGCUACAGAUGUCUCGGUCUUUCUAGAGUACCUUCCUUCGAAGUACCAGUGGAUGAAUAGUUCCAUGGCGUUAUUCUGGGGCAUUGGACAAACCAUCGCAGCUUUGAUUUCUUGGGCUUUUAUCCCAAGUAACUCUUGUGCUGGACCAGAAUACUGUCCUUCUAGUAUAAACAGAGGAUGGAGGUACUGCUGGUACGUCAACUCUGCAAUUUGUCUAGCUGCUGCUCUAGCUCGUCUCUUUGUUCUGAAGAUGGAUGAAACACCUAAGCAUUUGGUUACCACAGGAAGGGAUGCGGAAGCUGUGGAGGUUUUACAG